GUGCCUGGAAAAAAACAUGAUACUGUCUCUUUAAGAAGUGAAAACAAAUUGCUGACUGAAUCUAGAGCAGUGCAAUUUCAGAUUUUGCUUAAUCCAAAUGUGUGUUGGGAUUGUUGGGGAUGGCGGGUCAAACUUUUCUUGAAGUUGAAGAAUUUGAAUCUUCUCCACGGCGGUGGUAUCAUGCUGCCACUGCCAUGCUCGACACUUGGUUCAGUGUUCUGUAGUGUAAAAGUUUCAUCUCAACAGACGUCUUAUCAUCGUGGCCACACAGCUGAGCCUUAUUGCCCUCUUAGCACAAAAUAUUUCCCCCAGAAGGCGUUUGGCUUGCACAUGUCAGCACCUGCACACUUUAGCUGAAGACGCUGUUGCUGAGUUUGAGAAAAAGCUUUUUCAUGGUAAGCACAGUUUUAACGCUUGGUGAUAACAAACUCACUUAACUCUGGAGAACAUCUUCAGCAUUUGUGGUUCUUGAGUUUUCUCUAAACAUGCUCACCAAUCCACGUUUAGGAAGAGGGGCUAAACCUGGAUUUUCCAACAGGAAAACGGUCAUAAAAACAUUUCGUAACCAGUUUUGGAACGGAAUAACAUGCCAACAUUAAGUCUUUGGAACAGCCUCAACCCUACAGUAAAUAAAUUAUGCACUAGUGUGUUGCAUGUCUAAAAUGAUCCAAAUGAGGCUGUUUACUAUGAUGAAUAACCAACAAUAAACUGUAACUCGUUCGCCCAAUUCUGCUUUUUCAAAUUAACUGGAGUUGUUUGCCGUAUCGUCAUUUUAUCUGGGAAAAUGAAUGGAUCAAAACCCCAAAUUCUUCACGGGGAGACCCAUCCCCGUGAAGUUAUGCCUUUAAAGUUCUUAUUUUGAAAAAAAACCCCAACUGAUUUAUUAAUUCUGUUUGACUUUAUGGAAAACGGAAGCAGACCAGAGAUGUGGUCGUAAAGAAAGACACAGGAAACAGAUGGCUGCCAACGGAUGCAACGCUGCGUUUGGAGAGAAGGACCGCCGAAGCGACACUCUAAGAUGAGUCGUUUAUGGAUUUUCAUUGUUUCUGUGUCACUACUGCUCUUAUGGGGCAACAAUUAGUUUGUAUUUUACAGCCAACCAGUUGGAAACCGCAGUGGUACAGAUCAAAUGACUUCCCUCUCGACUUUGCUUUGAACGUCUCUGUGGUCUUCAUAGCUUGACGUCACUGACGCGAAGCGCUCCCGAGUCUUAAGAAAAAGAAAGAAAAAAAAGUCUGCGUAGGUUGAAUGUGAACUGAACACACAAACAUUUGAGAAACAGAUUUAGUGAAAACACUGAGACAUCUGUUAACAGCUGGAUGCCAGAGCUCCGAUAAUAAACUGUCCCUUUGGUCGGAGAAAGUACUGAAAUGCUGCGUCUUGCAAAAAAAUAUAUAUUCACAGAGCCAAAACCUUUUCAUGUUUCAUCAUUACUAAUGGGAUUGCAUGUGACGGACCAACAGAAACUAGAAUGUAGCGAAAAAGCGCGAGAAAAAGCCACGGUGGCCAUACAUUUUUAUUAAUAAAACACUUUAAUUUAAAAGAAAAAAAGUUACAUAAUCCAGAGACACGGGUGUGGUCUUUGAGCGACCACGUUAGCGAUCAAACAGCAUCGUGAACACCGAGGAAAGCAGCACACAGGUCAGGGUGUCAUGCUGAGUGUGGGUGGUGGAGGACACAAACGUAGCGAGGCUGAGACAUAUUGAUGAUUUAGUGAAAAAAAAUGAUUUAAAAAAAAAACAAUGGAGAACAAAAAACACACAGGACCCAGGAACAAAAAGCCAGCAGGGUGAAGCAGCAGGAUUAACAAGGAGAAUAAAUAGUAUAUAAUGUAGAGCCUUAUUGGUGAUCAAGGAGCAGGUGGCUGAUUAGAAAUGGGUUGCAGAUGUGAGGAGAGAGAGAGAGAAAAUGGCACAAGGGGUGAGGGAGGGUACACAAAGUGGUAACAAAAAGCUAGCGGUAAGGAAUAUAACAAAACAAGUAAAAACAAGCUGAUCUAAUCAAAGAAAGAGACAAGAGGCUGGAAUCAAACCCCAGAUUAACUCAAAACAGGUCCAGGUCCUGACACGGAGAAAGUUAUGCUAAAGGUUAAAGGAUGAUUAGGUAGGUUAUAAAUCAGAUCAAUGUUCUGACAUCAUCCUGACGUGGAAAGCUAAGGCGCUAAUAGCAGAGCUAAUUUUUCAUUUAGCGAGUCAGCUUUUUUCACCGAUCCCUGAAUCAGCGCUAAUUUUCCUGGUUGUUUUCGUGAAUGUUCAGUUGAGUAACGUUUGACAUCAGUGUUAAAGUUUCGGUUGUUAAGAAUAAUUUAAGUAGUUAGCCGUUCGAUACCUGCUCAUAUUUUGAAGUGGGUGAAUAUUGCUAACGCAGCAGUUGUGUUUCCUCUCCUCACAUGGAGCCACGUAGCAAAAUGGCAAUUUUUAUUCUCUACCCAGAUUGCAGUUCUACAGUAAACAGUUUCAAAUCAACUGAUUUGCUUUCUGACUAACAACCAACUGUGGUAAUUUUGGUAAAAUUAGCAACAGAGUUAGCAGAACUUAAUUGCUAAAAAAAACUAAUAAUGACAUAUGUGUUUCAAAGAAUCUCUUUGGAAGCGCAAAAAAAGAGGAACAACAACUAAUUUAAAUUUGUUGACUGUGGUUCUGUGUUCAAUGACUCAUUGACACCUGGUGAGUCAUUGACAUCUGGUGAGUGUCAAUAUGGCUGAAUGUAGCAGAAUUAGUGUUUAUGAUAAGUGCUUUAGGGUUAGCGCAACUAAUGUUUUAGCGAGAGCCAAUAGAGUGUUUGUGUGUUUUUUUCCAAGGAGCAGCAGCCAGUGACACUGUAAGAGAUAAAGUUUUUGCGAAAAUGAAGUCCAUCGUUUAAGUUCCAACACUGCGAGUUGAGACUAAACAAAGUUGCUCGCCUCCAGACAAGCUUAUCGUCUCCGGACAGACAUUUCCUCAAUAAUCGUCCGGCUGUCUUUGCUACGCUUCACCUCACGUCAUGUUUCCUCUCACAUGAACCAUUGCUUCCCGUGUGACAGAGGAACAUUUUAAUAUUUGCAUUUCCCUCUGAGUUUAGCAUAACAGUCUGCUAUUCAAAUAUGCUGCUGGUCAUUAUGAAGGAACAUUAGGAGUAAACAAAAAGUUGAGGCAGAGGUGUUUCAUAUGGGUUAAAGUGAAACCAAGAGCAAGCUGGGGUGCUGCAGAGUUCAUGAUGCUUUUUUUCCACCCUUCAGUCUGUGGGUUAGAGGUGGAACUUCUCACUUGAACACUCCCACAGGGCUGACAGCAAGCUGCGGCGCAGAGAGGGGAAACUUGGCAAACAAAAAGCUGCGAGGUUCACUUCUGAGAAGAGCGUCGUUUGACUGCGAGGCAAAACAACAUGAGGAAACUUUUCAUUCUCCUUCUCCUGUUUGCCCUUUUUGUACACGGGACACUUCAGAAACAUGGAAAAAAGAAGAACUUGCCGGAGAAAGUGUUCCCUCAGCCCAGAGUGUUUUUAGGAAUCCGUCCCACACUGUCUGACGCCCAUGGCACCCAGCCUCCCAACGCCACUGAUCCUCCGUCUCUGCAGGGCUUAAGCGACACUGCCGUAGGGUACCUCAAAGGACUCCUGAGCACCAGAGUCAUCCCCGUCAUCUACCUGCUGGCGGUAAUCGUCGGGAUCCCGACCAACAUCACCAUCCUGUGUUUGCUCGCCACCAAAAUUAGGAAGGUGUCGUCCGCCAUCCUCUACUGCAGCCUGGCCGCCUUCGACCUGUUACUCCUCGUCUCUCUCUUCUUCAAGGCUCACUACCAUCUCCUCGGAAACAACUGGGUGCUCGGAGAAGCCGCCUGUAAGGCGGUCACCGCCUGUUUCUAUGGUAACCUCUACGGCUCGGCUCUGACUCUGGCCUUCAUCGCCGUCAAGCGCUACAUGGCGGUGGUACACCCAUUCAUGUUCAAAACGCUGCCCAAGAAGAGGUGCAUGGCCUUUGCCGUCCUGGUCCCAUGGCUGGCCUUCGGCGCCUCCGUCGUCCCCCAGGUUUUGGUCCAACAGACAUUUUGGGUCUCCCAGCUGAACCGCACCACCUGCCAUGACGUGAUGCCCCUGAAAUCUGACUCUCACAAGUUCCUGCUCUUUUGCAACCUGACUCUGGCGGUUCUGUGCCUUCUGGUGCCCAUGGUUGUCACCACAGUGUGCUUCAUCAAAAUCCUCACCGCCCUCAACCAGUCGCACUACGACUGGGCGAUGUACAUCAAGUCCAGCUCUCUGGUGUUUACCAUCUUUCUGCUGUGCUUCCUUCCCACUGGUGUCCUGCACUUUCUCCAUUAUGUGCAGCUGUCUGCGGGAGGGGCAGAGAGUCUGUACAAAUAUUUCAACAUGGCGGUGUGUCUCUGCUGCCUCCACGCUUGCCUGGACCCCUUCUUCUUUUUCCUCAUGUCCAAGUCUGCAGGAAGCAAAUUGUACUUUCUGACCUUCAAAGGCAAGAACGUCAGUGUGUCAUUCUGAAAGACAAUAAGGGUGUUUUCACACCUGAUAGUCCUUUAGACUCGGUUCGAUGGGGUAACGUGUUACAUUUUCAACAUUUGUUACAUUUUCAACUGGUGCGGUUUGCUUUCACACUAAACUGUGUCAAACGAUCCCAGCCCUUUGAAAAACCUGUUUGGGCGCUGCACCAAGAACCGCUGAGGGGAAUUAACAUCCUACUUCGCAAAGCGUAAACAAAAAUGAAGUAGGGUCAUAAUUUAGCAAUUGUAGGACGUCUGUUUUGUCUUUGGUAAAAGACCAUGAGCCGUUUCUCUCGCUACCGCUUUGGAGCGAUCUCAUGUCUGCUUGCAUUCACAUAUGCAUUCGAACCGCGCCACAGUUCACUUCAACAGAACUGAGACUUAGGUUUUUUUAGGCCGAGCAGAGUUUGCUUCUUACAUCCGCAUCAGAGUUCGAUUAGGCCAUGAACACCUUCCCAAACGAGUCGGACUUUCGGGGCAAAUGAACUAGAGUUCAAUUAACGUGAACUAAACAGUCCUGGUGUGAAUGCACCCUAAAUGUUUUAAAGAAAACUGACAAAUUUCAUGCUUUCUGUGGCUGGAACCCAAAGAGAAAGUAAUUCGGGUUAAGGGAGCGUUAGCCUUGAUGCAAAGGCUGUUUUGAAAGUAGCACUUUUCUUUUCAAUAAAUGUUUAUGACAGAUUGGUUUAAUGAAACCUGUACCUUUUUUACCAGUUUGAUGUUAAUGUUACAAAAUAGUUGAAAGCAUUCUUAAAUGUAAUUUCUUUCAAGCUGAUAAGUACGGAGCCCCUCUGCUGACACGGGAGACGAAAAAAACCCCAAAAAACUACUCACACCUCUUGAAGCUCUUUUACAUUUGGAAAAGCAGCAUUUUGUUUGGAUUUAAGAAUAAUGCAUGAAGGUUUAUGACUGAAAAUGUUUUACAAGGGGCAGACAUUGCAAAUUAGCUUUGGCUACAAAUGUUAGCAUGUAAGGUGGUUGUUAAUACCUGGGACUUGUUCAUAUCGAAAUAGAUAAUUCAAUUCAACGCCACUAAAACCAGAUCUUAUUUUAAAAAACCAUUAAGGAUCAAAGUGCUGUACAGAUGAGUAAAACAUAAAAAAAGAUUAAAAAGGCAUUAAACAGAUGCAAUCAUAAACAUAAAGGAGAAUCAAAUAAAUGAGUAAAUAAUACUUGCAACAUCUCAGAUGGCGUCGAAACAAAGAUGGGUUUUAUGACGGGAUUAAAAAAUGUUCCAUCAUGCUGUAACUAGUUUAAAUUCCUAAGAAAGCUGGACAAUGUUCCAAAGAAUAGAAGCGUUUAGCUGCCAGUGUUACGUAAUAAAUUCAGGAGACGUGUCUCAGUAAAGCAGGAAAGUUUCUCAUUUUAAUGACUCACAAAAUUAAAUACCUUAAAACGCCAUAAGGGGGUUUCCUGUGACUCUCCAUCUUCUCACUCUGUUUCAUCUUCUACUGCAAGGUGUUGCUGUUUUACUGUUACGACUUUUCCUGUUGAAACGAGAACACAGUUUGGCUUUAGUGAGGUAUAAACCUCUAUGCGGCUGUUUUAUAUCUCUUUAAACAAAAACGUUUCUCAUUAUAACGAAGUACUUCUCUUGAAUUUAUUUUCAUCCUAUCUAAAUGGCGUAAAACGUGGUUUCCUGCAGGUGGAUUAUCCUGUAAACAAUGCCAUCAUUCACCAACUUCUUGGACAGCCAGUAGCUACUGUCCUUUUUGGAAAGUCAUGACCUGGAAAAUGACGAAGCACAACCUUGCUACUAAAAGUAAAGCUAGCAUGCCAAGACUUAAGAGCUGUAAGCACAAAAGUGGCAGAAUGCUAACUAGCUAGUAACUCAGAUUACUGUUAGUUAGCUUGGCAGACGCUGCUCCAUACACAGCAGAGCAGCAAAAGGAGAUGCCACUCCAUAAAAUAAGCACAUUUACUUGGAACUACUCUGACUUUAGAUCUGGAACUUCUUGUGACAGAAGCCGAAAUUAAAUCUUGAUUUUUCUAAAUAUCUUCAGCUCGGACAAAUCUUUGUUUUGAGUACAUGAAACGACUGACACUCACCCUUGUUGCCUCACUCUUCGUUAUGCGGUCAGUAUAACAUGGAUUGCACUGAGGAAAUACAACUUCAGCAGUGCAUAUUGGCUGUUAUGUGGCUGCAGUUUUAGAUGACUAGAAAAAAAAACAAAAAACACUGGGUUGGUCAAAAGUUUCACUGACAAGUCCCAGCACGACACUGGUUUAAUGUGAAGAUCCAUCUUGUGUACAUUUUUCUUGAGCAAGAAUGAAACGCAGAGUAAAAACCAGCACUUAUUUUGCUUAAGCUUUGCUCUUUAUAAAUGUAUUUAUUUGUAUUUUUUUUACUGUGAAGAUCUCCUUUGUCCCUUUUAUUAAAUGUUAUCCUGUAUUUCACUUUACAUAUUGUAUAGCUUACUGAUGAUGAUUAAAUAAAUAAGUUGCAAAAUA